AAAUCAAACAUACAAGUUGCACACAUGGUCAGUCGUAUCAGUAAAUUACACCAAAUGUCUGUUGUGAUUCAAAUCGCGAAUUUGUAUCAGUAAACACAUAAAUAUACACGAGAACACUCCUGUUUUAAAACACCAAAUAAUGUUGCAAAAAAUAAUUCUGCUUUGGUGGUUUUUCAGUUUGGGAUUUGGUGUAGAAAGUCGAGAAUUAAAAUUCCCAAAAGGGUUUAAACUGGGGGUUGCUACGGCGUCGUAUCAGAUUGAGGGAGGAUGGAAUGCUGAUGGAAAGGGAACGAGUGUUUGGGACACCUUGACCCAUGACCAUCCGGAAUUAAUCGCCGACCAUCAAACCGGUGAUAUCGCCUGUGAUUCGUACCAUUUAUGGAAGGAGGAUAUUGCCAACUUAAAAAACCUGAAAGUGGACCAUUACCGAUUUUCCUUAUCCUGGCCCAGAAUUCUACCGGAUGGUUUCUCAAAUGUUAUCAAUCCAGAAGGGGUCAAAUAUUACAAUAAUCUUAUCGAUGGACUUAUUGCAAACAAAAUAGAGCCCAUGGUCACUUUAUUCCAUUGGGACCUCCCACAAAACCUCCAAAAUUUGGGUGGAUGGACCAACCCAAUCAUUGCAGACUAUUUUGCAGAUUUUGCAAGAGUUGCAUACAAGAUUUUUGGCGACAGAGUCAAAUACUGGAUCACAAUCAAUGAACCGGCAAGUAUUUGUCUUGGUGUUUAUGAAUACGAUGAUGGUGCCCCUGCUUUUGUUAAAUCGCCAGGAAUUGGGUCUUAUUUGUGUGGAAAAACAAUUUUGUUAGCACAUGCUAAAUCUUUCAGACUUUAUGAUACGGAAUUCCGAGCUGCACAAAAAGGCAAAGUUGGAAUCACAAUUGACUCAAUUUGGGGCGAACCUAAAACCAACCAAAGCCAAGAUAUCGAAGCAGCGGAGCGAGAAAUGCAAUUUGGACUGGGUUGGUGGGCCCACCCCAUUUUUGCCCCCCAAGGCGACUACCCCAAAAUUAUGAAAACCAUCAUAGCGCAAAACAGCAAAUCGGAGAAUUUUACAAAAUCACGACUACCUCUUCUGACUCCAGAUGAAGUAAAAUUGAUUCAAGGAACUUUUGAUUUUUUUGGUUUGAAUCACUAUCACACUGGACUUAUUUCUAAUAAGAAAUUUCCUGUGGAUACUUCCCCGUCGUAUAUAAAAGAUAAAGGGACUGAAGUUAGUGCAAAUCCGGAUUGGAAGCCUUCACCAAAAAUUGUUCCUUGGGGAUUUAGAAAGCUGUUAAAUUGGGUUAAAAAAGAGUAUAACAACCCUUUAGUAAUUGUUACUGAAAAUGGGUAUGGAGAUGAAGGAGGUGUGGAUGAUAAGGACAGAGUUUUAUUUCUAAAAGUUUUUAUGGAAGCUUUGCUUUUGGCAGUCCUGGACGAUGGUUGCAACGUCAGUGGUUACACAGUGUGGUCCAUAAUGGACAACAUGGAAUGGCGUAGUGGUUACACAGUAAAAUUCGGUUUGUAUGAUGUUAAUUUUACCGAUCCUCGCCGAGGCAGAAGUCCAAAAAUUUCUGCCCAAUUUUACCAAAACGUUGUAAAAACACGUACACUUCCUGAAAAAUAACCAGUAAAAUACUUCCAGAAAUACUGAAAACCAAGCAGGACGUAAAUACCCUUACUUACUUCACUGAAUUCAGAAAAAAAUUCUUUAGGAUAGGUACUUUAAUAAAGAUAAUAAACUCUGUUCACAAAUAUUUCUGGAACUACUUCUUCUAUAAUAAUUAAUAAAAAACAAUUAUU